AUGGUCUUUGGGGAGGAGGUCAGGGCCGCGCUGCUUGGCGCCCUGGCUGCGCCGCUGCUGGAGCUGGCGCCGCCCCCGCAGCGCGCCGCCUGGUUCGCCGCGCGCCUGCCGUCGCUCGCGCGCCUAGCCAAGGCAGGGGCGCAGGAGGGCGCCGCGGUGGCGGCGGCGGCGGAGCGGGGCGCGCUCUGCACCAAGUGGGCGGCCUACAGGCUGCUGGAGGUAAUGUACCGAACCCUGUCCCGCCAGGAGCUCAACGCCGCCCUGGAGGCAGCUGCCGGGCAGCUGCCCAGGAAGAACGCGGACGUCAUGGCGCAGGCCACGCGGGACGCGAGGGGGCUGGCGGCGCAGAACGCCGUCUGCGAGGCCGCCGCACGCCGUGUGCGCUGCGCCGCGUUCAGCUGCGUGGCCACCCUGGUGCGCUGCACCCAGGCCACACCUAAAUUCUACGCAGUGGCAAUAGACUCGAAGGACGACAGGCUCUGGGCCGGGCUGGUCGACCCCGCCCUGCCCACAGACUUUGACGUGGCGCCAGCCUAUGCGGGGGAGGCCGCCAGGGGCGCCGCCAGGGCGCGGCUGGAGCGGGCCCGCGCGGCGCUGCAGCCCUGA